AUGGAGACGAUACAGAGCCGAGUCGAGGCAUGGAUCAAGGAGCAGAGAGCCAAGCUCCUGAAGGUAUCGUGGGGCCCACUGCAGUGGAGGAUGAAGUGGCCGUGGGUCGGCGGCGACGGCUACCGGGAACAUCGCCGGAGGAUCCACCAGGAGUACGAGCGCCGCCGCAAGCAGCUCCACGAUCUCUGCGGCGCCGUCAAGGCCGACUCCGUCUCUGACCUCCAGGACAUCCUCUGCUGCAUGGUCCUCUCCGAGUGCGUUUACAAGAGACCUGCUUCGGACUUGGUUCGCGCUGUGAACAAGUUUAAGGCCGACUUCGGAGGACAAAUUGUAUCUCUCGAGCGUGUUCAGCCUUCUUCGGAUCACGUUCCUCACAGUUAUUUAUUGGCGGAAGCAGGUGAUACGUUGUUUGCUUCCUUCAUUGGUACGAAGCAGUACAAGGAUGUGAUGACCGAUGCGAAUAUAUUUCAAGGUGCUAUAUUUCAUGAGGAUGCCGUGGAGGUUACUAAUGGGACCGAAAAUAAUAAAUCAAAUCGACCUCAAAAUGGAAAUGGAAAUGGAAAUGUGGAGAAUUUGUGGAACCCUCUUGAAUCGAAAUCGAAGCAAGUGAAUGAUAAAGCUAAACCGGCUGCUCAUCGGGGGUUCUUGGCUCGUGCCAAAGGUAUACCUGCUUUGGAAUUGUACAGGCUUGCUCAAAAGAAAAAACGCAACCUUGUGUUAUGCGGUCACUCACUUGGUGGAGCAGUAAGUAGCAGUACUAGCUACCCUUGCUAUUUUAAGAGUGGUUGCUGCUUCUUCUUCUCACUAAAGGAGAAUGAAAAUGUUAAAGUCAAAUGCAUAACAUUUUCCCAGCCCCCUGUUGGGAAUGCAGCUUUAAGAGAUUAUGUUAAUAGAGAGGGGUGGCAGCAUUACUUCAAGAGUUACUGCAUUCCAGAAGAUCUGGUGCCUCGCAUCUUGUCUCCUGCUUAUUUUCACCAUUAUAAUGCACAACCUCCUUUAGUGCCCGCUGAAACUGGAAGUAAUAGCAUAUCCAUGUUAAAAAGUGAGGAAGCAGUAGGAAAACAUAGAGAGAAUGAGGGGGAACAAUUGGUUCUUGGUUUGGGACCUGUACAGACUUCUAUCUGGAGACUUUCAAGGCUUGUUCCCUUAGAGGGCGUAAGAAGACAAUUUAAUAAAUUUAGAGGAAAGAAAGUUAAUUCUGUCGAGACAUCUUCUCUGUCAGAUUCUGUUGCAACAACUGUAGUGGAUGAUGACAUUGUUGAAGCACAGUCUCUUGAAAUCCAAGAGGGUUCUGAUGGUAUAUCUCUUAAGCCUAUCUCUGAAACUGAUAAAGAGCCACCAUAUGUGUCACCAAAUGAGAAGUCAGCUAAAACAAGCACUGCUAAAAAUGGGGAUGGCAGGACAUGGCGUAGAGUGCCUUAUUUACCUUCGUAUGUACCAUUUGGGGAGCUUUAUCUCUUGGAAAAUUCAUCAGUGAAGUCACUAUCAGAUGCAGAGUACUCAAAGUUGACAUCGGUCGGAUCUGUGAUUGCGGAACUAAGGGAACGAUUUCGAUCGCAUUCAAUGAAGUCAUAUAGGUUUCGGUUCCAGAGAAUCUAUGACCUGUGCAUGAGAGAUGAUACCUCACCUUUUUCAGGCAUAGAGCAACUGCAGCAGUUUCCGCAUCUGCAGCAAUGGCUUGGCCUUGCAGUUGCAGGAAAUGUGGAGCUUGGGCAUAUUGUCGAGUCUCCAGUUAUUCGGACUGCUACUUCAGUUGCUCCUCUUGGAUGGAAUGGCAUACCUGGUGAGAAGAAUGGAGAUCCACUAAAAGUUGAUAUCACUGGUUUUGGAUUGCAUCUUUGUACACUUGUUCAUGCCCAAGUGAAUGGCAACUGGUGCUCAACAGCAGUAGAAUCCUUUCCUGCUACCCCAACUUACUCUUCAAAUUAUGGAGAGAAGGUGGACCUACAACAAAUGCGAGUCUUAGUUGGAGCUCCGUUGAAACAACCACCAAAGCAACAGAUGGUAGCAGAUUCAUUUAUGCAUGUGUUUCCUAUUGAUUCCAACACAGCUAAUCUUAAUAGGGAGCACACUUCAGGACCAUCUCCUGAGGAAAAGUCCAUCCGUCCUGAAGGAUUAAGUGAAUUUGUCAUAUUUUGUACCAGUGAUUUUACCACAGUCUCAAAAGAGGUUCAUGUGAGAACUCGUAGGGUGCGGUUACUUGGACUUGAGGGUGCUGGCAAGACUUCACUUUUUAAGGCUAUAUUAUCCCAAGGCAGAUUAACCAAUAUUUCCAAUAUUGAGAAUCUGCUUCCAGAAACUGAUGUCCAAGAAGGUAUUUCUCGUGGUUUAUGCUUCUGUGAUUCAGCAGGGGUAAAUUUGCAGGAGAUGAAUAUGGAGGCCACUCAUUUCAGAGAUGAACUAUGGGCAGGAAUUCGUGAUCUUAAUCGAAAGACAGACUUGAUUGUUCUUGUUCAUAACCUGUCUCAUAGAAUACCACGCUCUAACAACUCAAAUGGAACCCAGCCAAAGCCAGCCCUUUCACUUCUACUGGAUGAAGCUAAAUCUCUGGGAAUUCCUUGGGUUCUUGCCGUAACAAACAAAUUUUCUGUCAGUGCUCAUCAGCAAAAAGAAGCAAUUGGUGCUGUUAUCCAGUCAUACCAAGCAUCUCCGAGAACCACUUGCGUUAUCAAUUCCUGUCCAUAUGUCAUGCCCAGUGCUGGUGCAAGCACUGGAGAUGCUGAUGAGAGGAUGAGUGCUCAAAAGCUUAUUUAUGCUCCCAUAAAUCUUGUUAGGAGGCCUUUCCGGAAGAAAGAAAUCAUUCUCCCAGUGGAGGGUGUCAACUCUCUUCGUCAAGUAGUCCAUCAUGCACUACGAACCCAUGAAGAAGCCGCCUUUCAGGAACUUGCUAGAGAUCGGCUUUUGGUGGAAAUGGCACGAGAGCGUGCAAUGGCUAUGGAUGCAAGCCGUGAUUCUCAAGCUAAGGCAAAUUCACUUACAUCUGCAGCUGUGGGUGCUUCCCUUGGAGCUGGCCUUGGGCUUGUCUUGGCUGUUGUCAUGGGUGCAGCAUCCGCCUUGAGGAAGCCUUAG